CCUUCUCCUCUCACCCAGGAGGGGAGAAGACAGCCCCAGACUGGAUGCCGAGUGUCCCGAGGUUUGCCUUGUUAGUGCUGGUCUGGCUGGCUGCUCCGACACGCCGUCCUGAAAGUCCCGCACCACCGUGCAGAGGAAGCGAGGAGCCGGCCGGCCCUCGCAUGGCAGGGAUCAGAGUCACCGAGGUGGACUGGCAGCAGCUGAGGAAUGGCGCUGCCCACCACACCCAGGAGUACCCCGGCCCUGAGCUGGUGGUUCGCAGGGGCCAGAUAUUCACCAUCACACUGGAGCUAAACAGAUCCCUGGACAGCGAGGAGACCUUCAUCUUCACUGUGGAGACAGGACCCCAGGCUUCUGAGGGCCUCCGCACCAAAGCUGUGUUCCAGACGUCGACAUCGGAGCUGCAGGUGGGCGAUGCCUGGACAGCAGUGAAGGAGGCUCAGGCAGAGGACACAGUGACCGUUAGCCUCGCCAGCCCUCCCAACGCCGUCAUUGGCCGCUACCUACUGAGCGCCAGGGUUUCCUCUCGUCGCAAACACAGUGACCGGAAGCUGGGCGAGUUCGUUCUCCUGUUCAACCCAUGGUGCCCAGAGGACGACGUGUUUCUGGCCUCAGAGGAGGAGAGACAGGAGUAUGUGCUCAACGACAGCGGGAUCAUCUUCCGAGGCGUGGAGAAGCACAUCCGAGCCCAAGGCUGGAACUUCGGGCAGUUCGAGGAGGACAUCCUGAACAUCUGCCUCUCCAUCCUUGACCGAAGCCCCAGUCACCAAAAUGACCCAGCCACGGACGUGUCCCACCGCCACGACCCCAUCUAUGUGACCAGGGCCAUCAGCGCCAUGGUGAACAGCAACAACGACCGCGGCGUGGUCCAGGGCCAGUGGCAGCGCAAGUACAGCGGCGGCACCAGCCCCCUGCACUGGCGCGGCAGCGUGGCCAUUCUGCACCAGUGGUUCAAGGGCAGGUUCAAGCCAGUCAAAUACGGCCAGUGCUGGGUCUUCGCUGGAGUCAUGUGCACAGUCCUUAGGUGCUUGGGGAUCGCAACACGGGUUGUGUCCAACUUUAACUCGGCCCAUGACACGGACGGAAGCCUGAGUGUGGACAAAUACGUGGACUCCUUUGGGCGGACCCUGGAGGACCUGACAGAGGACAGCAUGUGGAAUUUCCAUGUCUGGAACGAGAGCUGGUUUGCCCGGCAGGACCUGGGCCCCUUUUACAGCGGCUGGCAGGUUCUGGACGCCACCCCGCAGGAGGAGAGCGAAGGCGUGUUCCGCUGCGGCCCCGCCUCGGUCGCCGCCAUCCGCGAGGGCGACGUGCACCUGGCCCACGACGGCCCCUUUGUGUUUUCGGAGGUCAACGCGGACUACAUCACCUGGCUCUGGAAUGAGGAUGAGAGCCGGGAGCGCGUGCACUCGGACACGAAGAAGAUCGGGAGGUGCAUCUCCACCAAGGCGGUGGGCAGCGACUCCCGCGUGGACAUCACGGGCCUCUACAAGUAUCCGGAAGGGUCCCGGAAGGAGAGACAGGUGUACAGGAGGGCCGUGAAGAAGCUUUUCAGCGUGGAAGCCUCUGGGAGGAGGGCCCGAGUCCGCAGGGCCAGCGGCCGAGGUCUCUGGCGUGAUGACCUCCUGCAGCCCGCUGCCAAGCCCAGCAUCACCGGCAAGUUCAAGGUGCUGGAGCCCCCCAAGUUGGGCCACGACCUGAGGCUGGCCCUGUGCCUGGCCAACCUCACCUCCCAGGCCCAGCAGGUCCAAGUCAACCUGAGUGGUGCCACCAUCCUCUACACCCGCAGGCCAGUGGCAGAGAUCCUGCACGAAUCCCACAAGGUGCGGCUGGGGCCGGAAGAAGAGAGAAAGAUCCCAAUCACAAUAUCUUAUUCUCAAUAUAAGGAAGACCUGACAGAGGACAAGAAGAUCCUGUUGGCUGCUAUGUGCCUGGUCACCAAAGGAGAGAAGCUCCUGGUGGAGAAGGACAUUACUCUAGAGGAUUUCAUCACCAUCAAGGUUCUGGGCCCGGCCGUGGUUGGGAUGGCAGUGGUGGUAGAAGUGAUGGUGGUCAAUCCUCUCUUGGAGAGAGUGGAGGACUGUGUGCUGAUGGUGGAAGGAAGUGGCCUUCUCCGGGGACAGCUGAGCAUUGAUGUGCCAAGCCUGGAGCCCCAGGAAAGGGCCUCGGUCCGAUUCAACAUCACCCCCUCCAAGAGUGGCCCAAGGCAGCUGCAGGUGGACCUCGUCAGCCCCCAUUUCCCAGACAUCAAGGGCUUUGUGAUCAUCCACGUGGCCAAGGCCAAGUGAUAGGCCAUGAUGGGCUGAGAGGGGAGGAGACGGCCCCCAUUCCCCUCCUGUCCACCCCUUUGCCACUCCCAUGUGGGAACCAGAAGGCCUGGGUUCUAGUCCUGCUUCAGCUUCUGCCCCACUUUGUGAACUUGGGCAGGUCUCAUCUCUUCCCUUCCUGGGCCUCAGUUUCCCCAUCUGUAAAAUGAGAUGUUAGACUCAGUAAUCCUUAAACCUUUGGACAAUGAUGGAUGAGGUAGGGAGCCUCUACCACCUUCAUCUGUCACCCUCACUGCUGGGAGGCGGGCAGACCGACCAUCACACUAACCCUGGCCCACCUGGCUCGGCCACCUCCUGCCCCGCCAGUUCACCAUCACCCGGGCUGACCCCUGGGCUCUCCUUGCUUCUCUCUCAGCUCUUCAAUGCUCUGACCACAUCCAGACCCAGGAACCUUCUCCCGGGCUCUGAGAGAGAACCCCAAAGUAUUAGAGCUGAUACCUAAGCCUCCCUCAGCACUCCCAUACACAGAGGGAAGAGCCUUGCCCGAGGCCAGUGGGCGAGCUGGAGGAAGAGCUGGGGCCCGUGUGCCUGCCGUUUACACCGUCUGAGUUUUAUCCAAAGUCAUGUUCCGGAAAAUCAUUAGAUUUGAAGCAAUGGGCGAUCUUCCCUCAAUGAAGACACAGCCUCAGCAUCCGCGGGGCUCCUGCUGCCUGAAAGAAGCUGAAGAUGGAGGAGGAGCCAUCAAGACUGGAUUGCAUUCGGGGAUGCAGUCCCAAAUCUGGUCUAGUUAUGGUCAUCAGGGACCUUAUACGACCAGCCCAGUGUUGAUUGACUUCUUUGCAACCAGAACAGUGUUGACUUUGCAAAACAUCCCCUGCAGCUACACUACACGCAGUCAUGUUCUCAGCAUCAAACAGGACAGAGACCUCUGGGACGAAGACCAGAGUGGAGACCACCAGGCCAUGAAGAUAACUGCAGCAGACGUGGAAAUCAGCUCAGAAGCGUUCUGGAGAGCCCCAGGCAUUAUGACUAGUCAUAUAACUUGAGCCAUCUGGACAAGAACAGACCAGGCUCAUCUGCUGUGAGCCGCCUCCUGGGUACAGACUGGAGUGGGAACAGUUGAUAUAGUGGGCCUUUGUGAGCAAGUGUUUGAUGGGUGAUCCUUGUGACCAAGGCCUCAGCGAAGGCACUUCUCUGGUGAUUCUACACAGCGUGGGGACGGCCUGGAGAACCCAGGUGACUGCAUGCAUUUAAUGAGUCAGGCCCUUCAGGACCCCCUGUCCAAACCUAGGUUUUGGAUGCCGAUCCCGUAUAAGGGGGGCAGCUGGAGGUUCAGAGCAGGCAGCCAUUUCCUCGGAGUUGACAAGCAACUUCAAGCCUGGAGGGGGCCCUGGGGGCUGAAGACAACAGGAGGCCAUCUCCCCUCUUAAUAAGAUGCUUCUUUCAGCAGGGAGACAGCACAGUCUCCCCUUGCAGUGGCCCCAGACACCUCAUUCUUCCAGCAAAUGCCAACUGCCUGUCUUCCUCCAGCUCAGUUGUCUCAGGCUGAGCUCCCCAGGAACUGACUCUGAGCUGGGGUUUCGGGUACAGGACACUUAUGAAGGAAUGACCUGGGGACCAACACCCAUGGAAGGGAGGGGGAGGAAGCAGGAGGGGGAAGAGGGAGAUAUCGAACCGUGAUACAAGUCCAGUGGCAGCCUGGGCCCACCCUGUGGGCAGCUCCAGAGCCAGAAUGGUCUGCCAGAGUGUGUGUGUGUUUGAGGAAGGGACCGUAGCUGCAGGUGAUGAGGGCCACCUGCCACAUAGCUCUGUCUCCACUUCAACCCCCUCGCUCUUGGCGCCUCUCAGCUGAGCUGAGGCAGCGCUUCCCUGGGACAAAACUCACCCCGAAGCUUCUUCCAGCCCAUGCUGAGAGCAAAGGCCACCCCACAGCCAAUGAGAGCACCCUGACUGGGGGUGGGAGAAGCGGGGACACUGAGAGAAGACAGCCCAAAGCAGAGGGUGGAUGGAAAUGCGGCUUUGGAAGCUGCAAAGAAAAAUGUGCAAGUAGAAUUACCUUUCAGUGGGUCUGGCAACACACUAACGAUGCUGUCCCCAGAGGAAGGGCAGAACAGUAGUUCUGGAGUGAGCAGAGCCUUAGAAUUGGCUGGCUGUGGGGACCCAGAAGGAUGCCGGCAACAGGGCCCUCCCCCAGACUCAGGCCUCGCCCUGCUUCCUUUGGGUCCCCUUGGUCUCUUAAACACCACUGUGACCUUCACAGAGGCUUUUGACAUGGAGUUACCUCAGCGAUCUGGGCUUUCACGUGCCAGAGGGGCCUCUGAGCCUUUAGAAGAAGGAUUGGCAAGCUUUUACUGUCGAGGACCACAUAGUAAAUAUUUCAGGUUUGCAGGCUGUACAGUCUCUGUUCCAACUACUCAACUCAGCUUUUAUGGCAUGAAAGCUGAUAAUGGGUAAACAAAUGAGCGUGGUGUUGCAAUAAAACUUUAUUUAUAAAAACAGGCAGCUGGCCAGGUUUGGCCCACAGGCUGCGGUUUGCUGACCCUGCUGUAGAACCACGUGCUGACGCAGCUGCUUGCUCCAGGGCUGAGCUCUGAUGCCAGGCUGCCUCCCAGCCUAGGAUCAAGCCCAAAGCUGGGCUGAGGCCAAGCCCGAGCAGGCCCCACACAGAAACGCAGAUGAGUUUCCAGCUUGUGCUCAUGAGUCCAGAUAGAGUCGUUACUCAGAGCCGUGAUUGGCCAGACCAGGUCAUGACCCUGAUGCUAGAAAGAGCCCUAAACCUUGGCCUCACAGUAAGUCCUGGCUCCUACCACAGCUAAAUCAUGACUCGACUCUGGCCAUCCGCUGAGCCCUGACUCCAUGCUGAGCCCUGAUGCAGCCCCAGACAGUCCUGACCUCAGACUGAGCUCCAAUCCUGAUCUCUCAUUGAGCCCUGGACCCAGACUGAGCCCUGAUCCCAAACAGAACCCUGACCGUGGACUGAGCUCUGACCCCACACUGAGCCCUGAUCCAGCCUCAUUCCGAGUCCUGACCUCAGUCAGACCCCAGUUGGGGCUCCAGGCCUUGACUUUGAACUUCUCUUCUAGAUCUGAGCUUCUCCAGUGGGGGCCACACACCCAUCUGGCCCAUUGAUGUCACUGGGUAAACACGACCUGCCUUCCUGGAGCAGGGUCUGAGUUCACCUUCCUUUUCUUUUGAGGUACUUGGGCAGAAAUAUUUGAGGAGCCUGGUGGACCCCUGGAUCCUCCCAGCUCUGUCACGCUUUGAGAGUCUGCCUUCGUGGCCCAGUUCUCCAGGAACGAGUAUAAGAGCCUGGCAUCCGACCAGGGCCCUGUCCUCCACUCAGGUGCUCUCACUUCCCUUCUCAUGCGCUUGCCAAGAGUGAAAGGAGCUCUGCUGAGCGCCUGCCACCAGAACAGUAGGCGAUCUGCCACUCUUAGUACCAGGGACACUCCUUUCAGCAGGGGGGCUCCAUAUGUCAUCCGAGUUGGUCUCCUCUUGUGGCCGCCCCACACGGCUCAUUCUUCCAGCAAAUGCCAGCUGCCACAGGCUGUCCCCCAGGAAGCUGACUCUGAGAUGGAGUUUAGGGUGCAGGAUGGAGGUCGAGAAAGGCGGGGGCCAGAGGGAGGAAUCGAACCACGAUGCAGGCCCAGUGACAGUCUGGGCCCACUGCACAGGCAGCUCUAGAGCCAGAAUGGUCCAUCCGAGUCAUCUCGGGUUGGGCCAAGAUGGCUGGGACUUUCUAUGCCUGCGUCUGUCACUGAUUCGCCCCAGAAGGGGCGUGACUUUGGGUGAGAUAACUACUGCUGGGGCCAUCCGUGAAGCAGCUGACAGCUGAGGGUCAUUUGCCGGCAGCACUUCCAGCAGACGGGGCGACAAGCCGUCCGUUGAAGGGAGGUCUGGAUGGUGUACCUUCACGUCCACCGCCCCGCAGCCCGUUCAAGCCAGGACAGAGCAGGGACAUUACAAGUUCCCUACACUCACCGGGCUAACCUUCCAGCUGGUGGACACAGGUAUUCAAUCACAACAUUUUAAAAGGUGUGAAAAGUAAAAUGAGAAAUAAAAGUAAACAAAUUCAUGAAUAAGUAAUUAAAGUUAGUGAUAAGUGCCUAAAAGAAAAUAUCUGCCCUCUAGGAUGCCAGAGAAAGCCAUUCAUGGUGAGGUGACUCCCCAGAGGCACUCUGUUACAAACUGCCCAAGACCGGCGCCAGGGGAAGCUGCUGGCUGCUGGGUGCUAAUGGCCACCGUGCAUUGCCGGAGCCGGUGCCGAAGAAGCCAUCUUCCCUGCAGAAGCCCCCAGGGCUGAGACCACCAGGGCGUUGGCAGGCCCUGGAAGCAGUGCCGCGCAGAGAGCACCAGAACCAGCGCAGGAAGCCAUCUCUCCUGCAGCGUCUCUCUGGCGCCCUCUACUGGCAGACCUUAGCAUCGUGCCCGCUGACAAAAAAUAUUUUUAUCUAGCCACAGAGCAGGCACCAAGGGUGGAUUUGGAGCUGAGACAGAAUAAAUUGAUAACUGGCACUGUGACACUCUUGAUCUUCUCUGAGAAAUAAAGGGUGCUCCCACCUCGGUGCCUUUGCAGUUGCUGUACCCUCUCCCUGGAGUCCUUUCUCUCCUUCCCCAGCCAUAUCUGCAUGGCUUGCUCCCUUACUUCCAACAGGUUUCUACUCAAACUGCUCUUUAUCUUUAUGAUGAAAUAGCACCACACUCGCAGCACUUUCCAUCUCCCUCUUCCUGAUUUCCUUUCUCCACAGCGAUUGUUACCGUUUGACAUCACUUAUUUACAUGUUUGUUAUUUAUUGUUCGCCCCCUCUUCUAGAAUGUAAGCUUAGCAAGUGCAGAGCAUUCGUCCGUCUUGUUUGCUCUUGUGUACCCAGCAGAGCUGAAUGAACAGUGCCUCGGACACAGUAGAAAUUCCAUAAAUACGUAUUGAAUGAAUGAAUUGUAGCAAAUUAGGAGCGUACAGGGAGACAAGGGAAACUCCAGGCAGAGUCUCAUUACCUUGUCACGACCCCAGUUAACAUGGUGGUAAGCUUCCUUUUAGAUUUUUCCCCAGUGACGUUGUUGGUUGUUUUUUUUUAAAUAGGGCCUUAACACACAGAGAGAAAUAUAUUCAUAUCAAAAUUGUGCACCUUGCUGAAUUUUCACAAAAUGAACCCACCCAGGUAACCAGCACCCAGAUCAAGAAAUAGAACAUUACCAGGACUCUAGAAGCAUCUUUUGUGCCCCCUCCCAGGGUAACCAUUCUCUUCGGUUGUAGAAGCAAAGGUUAGUUUUUGUGCUUUAUUUGAAUGGAAUUACACUGUGUUUGUUUGUG